AUGAUUAGAGCACUGCAGAAGCGGGUUUUAUUCUCUUCAUUGGUUCUAAUGGAGCCACGGAAUUACAUGUGCACCACACGCCGCACACAAGACAAGGCGAACAAGUCCGCAAUGGAUCAAGAAGACAAGGAGGAGCUGGAGCGGGAACGACACCUGCGUGAACGCUUUUCGCAAAAGAUCCAAGAGGCCAUGCCGCAAUACGCGCAGCAGGGCCCUGAGAGUUGUAGCAGCGGGACGUGCGGCGCUCAACAGACCCCUUCUUCCAUGAUGUUUUUUCGGUUUAUGUUUUUUUUGACCUCGCUGCUUCUUCUUAUGGCCCUUUUACAAGUCAGCGACAAAAAUUCCCCUUUUAACAUCAUGCAGAACAUUCCUUGGUGGCAGCUGCCCCUUUCCUCCGUGUCGUACUUUACGCUUAUGCGGGCCUUGCUACCGUACAGAGAGCAGCGGCGGAUAAAGGAGGAAUAUGAGGUUGCAUCGAGAUUGAAUCCAAAACUCACGCUUGAUCAGUUCUUUGCUCAGCGCUAUCCUAACAUGUUUCAAGGCUACCAAACACAGCAGCAGGAAGUUGUGGCAGCCGUUUCUGCGUGUCUCGCAUCGGCCAAUGACUUGAAUUUUGUUAGAACCAUAUCGCGUGCGGCCGGGUCGGCAAGAGAUAUCAGGGCCUCCGUCGACAACAUCAUUGGCACGCUGAAGCGGGAGUAUCCACACCUCUUUCAGAAUACCGGAGCCCCGCCGUUCUCUUCUGUGGGAGUGUAG